UUGAUUUAACCGGAAGCUAUGGAUUAAUUCCUCAGUCACAGAUAUUGAGCAAAUUCAGAAACCCACAGAGGGUAGAGAGAAUCAAAUGGUUGCAAUUUCCUUAUACAAAGGUAACCUGCACAAAGUCGCCACUGACGUUCCCCGUCGAUGGCUCAUUCCCACCCCGAAGAUCUCCCUCAAGGACUUCCGCCUCCUCCUCCGCCGCCGGGCCAAAGCUCUCUCUCGCCUCCAAUCCACCUCUGAAGUCGCCACCACUGCUGUUCCUGCCACCUCCAACCCUAACCCUAUCGCCGCGGAUAACCCCUUUUCCAAAGUCGAGCCUCAGAUUGUUCCUCUUCCAGUGGAGCCUCCGAAGGAUGAGAAGGUAAAGGAGGAGGAGGUUGAGGUUGAAGGUGACAAAGCGACGGUAGCCAAAGCAGCUGAUGGUGUGGAAGUUCCGGAGAAAUUGGUUGAGGGAUCUGAUGUGGUUCUUGAAACAAAGCUUGAUGUUUUAAAGGUGGAGAAAUCAGAGACUCCGGUAAAUCCCAGUGGCGAAACAAGCAACAAAGAGGAUGCGCCGAGUGAGAAAGAAAAACGGAAAAAGGAAGUUGAGGAGAAAUUGGAAGUUCUAAAUGCAAAGAAACACAAUUUGGUGCAGUUGCUGAAGCAGAUCCUUAGUGCUGAAGAGGAACUGAAGGGCAGGAAUAGCAUGCAAGGGGUGAUUGGUCGGCCACCAAUCCCUCUUCAAGUUGAUAUUACAAAUGACACUGGAUCAAUGACUAGACUUAACACACCUAGAAUUGGGUCAGAUGGACUCAGCACUGAAGUUGAAGGAGGCGAAGGUGAUGAUGUUUCCAACCUGAAUGUGCAUUCCCGCAACUUGCUUCGUAUGAACAGCACAUCACCAUCUCCAGACUCUCAACAUAGGAAGCCUGUGCAUAAUACAGUCCCGUUCUCUUCACGAACUACUAUGGGGGUAACAGGUAGCCCAUCACGUUUUGCAUGCACUGUGCAACAAGGACUCCCUUCAAAUCCACCCGCAGUUUCCACAUCAGGGACAAAUUAUGUUGCCUCCACUCCCUCUCCAGCUGCAUCAGGCGGUACACCAGCAUUUAGAGAUGCCCAGCUCCCCAGUCCGUGGAAUUAGGAGCUGCUUGUUUUGAAGGUAUCUAUUUCACUUGGCCGAGUGCUUUAAGAUCCCAAUGCACCAGCCAUGUUGUAACUAAGCUGUAACCUGAAUUUCCCAAUGCGCCAGACAUGUUGUAACUAAGCUGUAAACUGAAUUAGCUGAUCCCAACGGGGCAGACUUGUUGUAAGUAAGCUGUAGCAUAAAAUAGUUUUAAAUCAAUAUAGAAGGAAAUGCGAAAUCAUUAUAUCUGACUAUUAGUCAUAUGUUGUAAGUGGUAGCAGUGAGUUUGCUUUGUAUCUGUAUGUGGCUUCAAUUUCAUAGCCUUAUUAUUUCGUUCAUUAAAUGAUUGAUUUGGUUC